AUGUUGCGCCGAGGAGCAUUGAGGAUUGAUGGGCAAGCUGCAGUGGCGGGCGGAGGGGUGGUGGAGAUGGAGCAAGCAGACGACGGGGGGCAGGGAUGGAGAGCUGGUGUGCCGCUGAAACUAUGCUUUCUGUGGGGCGACGUAUUAAGAUCAGAUGAGGAGCCACCACUAGGCCGAGCUAGAGCCGAGGUUGAAGACGAAGACAGCGCUGCUAGUACGAGACGAGGCGGAGAUGGAGCGCGACUUGGACCUAGUUGCCUGAAACUGGGCCGCGACGAUUGCAACGGCCCAAUAGACACCCAUCCACCUAGGCCCAGAUGCCUUACGGGGCUACUGCAGGGCACAGGGCGAUUGUUAUGUUAUGUACGGUAUUUCUCUAUUGAGGCAUGUAUUAUUGUUAGUUUCGCUGUUACAAAAUGGAAAGCUCAUCGUAUCUGCUGGGCAAGAUUCAACUCCUUCGAGGAGGCCAAGAAAUUCUACAACCUGUACUCUUGGGAGAUAGGCUUCGGAAUACGGAUUUCCAGGGGUAGGAAGAACGACAACGACUACAUUACAAAAAAGGACAUAUGUUGCUCAUGCGAGGAUCACAGCCCGAAUCCAAACGCAGCAUCAUGCAGGACAGGCUGUAAGGCAAUGAUCUGGCUGUUAAGGCUUAAAGACCAUAGCUGGUACAUUAGCCGGAGUAUUACCGAACACAACCACAACCUGUCUGGGAGCUGUGGGGAAAAGAAGCAGUGGAACUCACACAAUCAGUGCCAAGCAAUGGCUGCAGCAAUAAGGACGACGAUGAAGGAUACAAGACACCGCUGGUGCAAAUGGCAUGUACUUAGGAAGGCAAAGCAGUGGAUAGGGAAUGCAUACAACAAAAAUGGAGGAUUCAAGAAAGAAUUCCACAGGCUAGUGACAGAGGAGGUGUCGGCGCAGAAAUUCGAAAGGAGGUGGUGUCAGCUAAUAAGGAAAUAUAAGCUGGAGAAAAACAAGUUCCUUAAAAGGAUAUACAAGAAAAGGGGCAUGUGGGCAAGGCCAUACUUCAUGAAUGUAUUCUGCGCUGGAAUGACAAGCACGCAGAGAAGCGAGAGUGCAAACCACAUGCUAAAACAAUUCAUCCAGCGGUCAGCCCCAAUGCACUUGUUUGUCAGCAAAUUCAACGAAUUCCAAUGCGGGGACAGGAACGAGCAGGAGGACAAGGAGAUCCAUAUCACAAAACAGAUGAGAAGAAAAAGAAGAAUUGGAGUGCCAAUAGAGCGGCACGCGGAGGAGAUUUACACGAGGGCAAUGUACGAGAGGUUCAACAAUGAGCUGUACCAUUCGGGGAGCUACUCAAUAAGGCAAAGGCUGGGCACCCACAAUUACAUGGUGGCGCAUUUCAAAGAGACUGAGGGCCCAGAACAGAGAGCAUUCAUCGAACAUGUGGGCAUACUAUGCCGCCACGCGCUGAAGGUACUUGUACACAUGGAGAAAACUGAGAUACCAGCAGGUAACAUCAUGGCUCGGUGGACAAAAAAUGCUACAAAAGAGAAGAAUAAUGGGAUAGAAGAAAGUGGUGCAGACUACGACAACGAGACAACAGAGUACAUCCGGAAGCAACUAUUGCUGAAGAAGGUGUUGACUGCUGCUGGCGUGGACGGAACGAUAACUGAUGGUUGGUUGAUAGAGGCAAUGGCAGCCCUAGACAGGCUUACCUCAUUGAGGACAACAGUUAAGGGGGGAGCUGUGGCAAACGUGGGAGAGCGCAUUGGCUCAGACGAAGAAGCACUACCAAGCCAAUGUCCACCAAAGGCCAAUCCGUAG